UUCAUCAUCAGCGACACCAUGUGGCAUCACUUAAACCAUUUAUACCCUCAAUUCUGAGAUACUGACGCUGUAAACACUCGCGAAAAUGAAGAAUUUCAUUUUUUUACAAACUGUGCGCCCAGGAGGUCGUCGAGCUUGUGGAGAGCUGGAAUGAUACAAGUUUCAGCGAAAUUUUGUGUAAACUUCGCGAACUGCCUAAUACUAUUACUCGUAAGGGAUGUCAAGUUUACACGCGAGAUGAAACCGCCUUCAAUGUAUUGAACCACGAUGAUGUUUGGACAAACAAUAUGAUGUUCAAAUACAAAAAUGACACGAUUGAGGAUAUUCUUAUGUUUGAUUAUCAGUUAGCCUAUUUUGGUUCUCCAGGAGUGGAUCUGAACUACCUUCUAAGUGGAUCAAUACAAACAGAAAUUGGAGAAGGACGAAAACUACAGGCAAUACAGAGCUACCACACCAUUCUAACGAAAACUUUAAACGAUCUCCGCUUUACGGGCAAAACUCCUUCGCUUCAAGACAUUCAUAUCGAAAUAAUCCGGACGGGAUUUCAAAGCGUUCACGCGGUAUUCUGCUUAUUACCACUAGCGAUGAUGGAAAACGCGGCAGAGGCUGAAAUGGAUGUGUUCCUGGCGGAAAACGGAGCCGGGAAGGUCUUUCGUCAGCGUAUAUUUCAGAAUCCGCGGUAUGGUCCGAUACUGAGACGGGAGUUGAAACGAUUCGAUUUGAUGGGGUACCUAGAUUGAAGCAGCGGUUGAAAUCUCGCUCUUAACGAUGUUACAUUACGAAUAAUGAACCGAUUGUUGUCGUAGGCAAA